AUGACCUUUUAUCAUUUACCACAUCAACCACAAACAACAACUACCUGUGUACUUCAAUCCUCUCACCCUCAUUUAUUUCAUAAAAACUUUCAUAUGAAGACACUUAAAAGUUAUUUCGUAGGUUAUCCUCACAAACGCAGUGACAAUAUGUUCCAUGAAUUACACCCAAAUCUCUAUAAUAGUUUACGAACGCAAUCCCACUCAAUAUCACAUCAAACACGAACAUUCACCACCACUGUGCAGUUCACCUCUCUUCAUCACCGUCACACAACACAACACACUCCACCAUUUCACUCAACAUCACAUCAAACAGGAACAUUCACCAGCACUCUGCAGUUCACGUCUCUUCAUCAGCCUGACACAACUCAACAUACUCCACCAUCUCACUCAACAUCACAUCAAACACGAACAUUCACCAGCACUCUGCAGUUCACCUCCCUUCAUCACCCUGACACAACUUAA